AUGGCGUCCUUGCCUGAUGGUUAUGAAUUGGGCUGUUACUCGUCUGCAAACUUUACCAAGGAACUUUUAUACAGGUUCAAAUAUGGCGUAGCAUGUGUUUCGAAUGUGGACGGUAGAGGGAAUAUGUCGAUUUACUCCGUGAUGAGGAGGCAGGGAAAGAGACCAAAACCUAUCUUCGAUUAUGCCAACAUUCUGGGUUAUGUCGGCGGCGAGAUAAGAGAUGGUUUCUGCAAUGCAAAUCUAAAGGAAGGCGAAGCUGUUCGGUUAAUGCAGACGCACGUUGAUCUUUCACAAGGGCGAACCAUCAGAAUGGUGUACUGUCCCGUCGAAGAGGUUUCCGCUUUGUUCGUAGUGCCGUUGCACCAAAAAGCGCUCUCAGUGGGCUUGGAUUUUCCUGACAAGAGCACUGCAUGUGCUUUUGAGUACUUCAAGGAGGUUGCCAAAUACUGUCCCUAUAAGAGUGUAGAGGAGUAUUUUGAUGCCAAACUUGGAAAAAGCCCACGAAAUGUCGAUAAUAAGAACUUCAGUAACUACAGAGCUGAAUUAGAAUCAUGGUGGCUAGAAAAGUCUGAGUUAUUGUACCAUGACUGUCCUUUACCAUCCCAGCCCCCUACUCUUAACCUGUCCAGCCUAAGUUCCAUGACAAGUGCAGAGGAAUUCAUGUCAGGGUUCUUGCAACAGGCCACCCAGUGGAGCCGCAACUAUGACGAUUCAGAGUCUUGGAAGAAAACUGUGGUGCAAAAGUUCACUUCUGCACUUAACUAUGAAAGAUUUGGAGGCAUGGCCAGGCAGCAAGCUUUGUGGUACAUAUGGAUGGGUGAUACUGAAAGAGCUAAGGUUAUGGUAGGUGCCUGGGAAGGGCUAGAGAAAGACAAGAAAACAGCAGCUCUCCUUGAUGUGAACAAUGUUGUCAUUGAUCAUAUUCUUGGUGCAACCCUGGCAAAUCUCUCAAGUCGAGGAAUGUGUCUCGGUCAGAGCAUUAUUGAUGCCAGAUUGACCCCUAAAGGCCAAUGUGACACCUGUUUGAGUCCUGUAUCCCCAACAAAGAAACGCCAAGGUCUCAACGUCAUGACUUGUGUCGACAAAGAUGCAAAUGGUGAGUUUGGCUGCAAAUCUAUGCGUGAGAAUGUGGCAAAAUUGCUCUUUGCUGUGUCUAAGUUUGGAAUAAAUAAAGAUUUCACUUUUUCUGCCAUACACUGCCUGAAAGAAGCCCUCCACACCUUCCUCGAGCAUUCCUUCCAGGUUCUGUUUUGGAGAAUCAAGCCUACAAAUCCUAUGACAGUAGCUACUGAGAAAGAAGCAGUGCCAAGGUUCAUACAGUUGCUGAAAACUAAGGAGAAGCUAGAUGUGCCUGAAUGGGUAAAUUCCUGUAGUGUUGUGUUAAGUGAGGCUCUUUCUAAUCAUUGUAGCAGGAAGCUUGGUGAAAGAGAUGUCAAGAAGUUGUGUGACUUGUUCCGCUCAAAGAUGAAGAAGGUUGUGGCAGAGUUCAAAAAACUGGUCAAAGAAGAUGCUUCCACAAACCCAGCUGAAAAGUUGACUGAAGAAGAUGCCAGUAUGGAUCUUUUCAGAAAAACUGUGGCUCCAUCUAUGGCCCAGCAAUUCAAGCAUAAAUGGAGGCUCUUUUCUGACUCUAAAAGGAAGAAGCUGUUGACAGUGGAUGCAAAAUGUCUUGUUCAAGCUUGCAGUGAAACAUUUGAGCAGAUGGAGGUGAUAGGUAACAGAUGUGGCAUGGAAGGUAAAGCAGGACCAAUGGAAAGCAAGAGCGAGACAGAAGAGUCAACAGCAACAACCAUGGUUGAAAAUGGAAAUGCUGAGGGGGAUGAUUACAAAAAAAAUGCUUCAAAUCUUUCAUCUGAUGCAGCAUUACCAACAGGUUUACCAGAGGAAGAUGAAAGAGAAAGGAAGCCACCUGAAAAGUGUGCUGAUGAGUCCUGUCCUUGCAAGGAUGGUCACAAGUUUUGGCAACACUUGGUUGGCGUUUUAUCUAGUAAAAAAAAUCCCAUUCCAUUCUAUAAUUGCCUUGUCAGUGGAGAUUUAGUGUUGAAGGAAGAGCAUUGCCUGGACCAGGAAGGAGAAUUCUUUGAUAAAAUGGUGGAUAUGAAUGAAGAGCUGUUUGCACAUGGCUCCACCUGUACAAUCAAUGAUGAAGUGUUCUCUGAUAAGUGCCCUAGGCUUUGUUUGCUUUGUUGUAUUACAUGUCAUCGUUUGUUGCCAAUGCUGAUGGAGAAUGUCAUCAAUAUGUUUGGAGAAAUAGAAAGAAAGGACAACAUCAGAUUUGAAUGCCAACCCUGUCAAGCUUGUGGCACCCUUGAGAGUCAGCCUGGAGACUUCAAGCGUUGUGGUGGUUGCAGAAGUGUUUUUUAUUGUGGUCGGAAGUGUCAAGCGCGUGACUGGAAAGCUGGUCAUAAACAGCAGUGCAAAGCACAAAACAAAGGUGUUUAA